AUGACGCAGCCGACGACGGCCUUCUACCCCAUCUUCGCCUCCAAGUCGGACGGCCACGACAUCGUCAACCAAAAGGGCUCCGUCGUGAGGAAUGGGCCGACGCAGGAGCAGCUGGACCGCUCGCCCAACGCGCAGGGCCAGUGCGACUACUACCGCCUCAUCGAAAAGGACGACCCCAAGCACGUGGACUGGAGGAAGAAGCUGGGCGGCAUGCUCCUGCGCGAGAUCGGCGGCAAGCAGCACGAAGACAAAUGGCAGCAGUGCAUCCUCUGGGAGUUUCCCGAGAACUACAAGCUGUACGAGCACAUCAAGACAAAGGCAGACGGCCAGGCCAAGACGGUCAAGAACCACUCCGGCGGCGGACACGACCGACAGGACGCCUACCUGUACGGCUACCCCAAGGGCCCGCGAAAGCGCUUCAGGAGCCCCGUCGAGUUCUUCCCGCACCUGCUGUGGCUGUGCACCGACGAGGCGAGCGACUACCAGAACUGCACCUGCAAGAUGUGCUCGCCCGUGCAGCUCGACAUGGAGAAGCCCGUGGCCAAGGCCGAGGUCAAGCCUGAGAUCAAGCGGGAGAACAGCGACGUGCUGGUCACGGGCCGCAGCCCAGUCGUGCAGAUACCUGCUCGCCGUCUCCCAGUCCCGCCCAUACCAAGCCCGAUUGUGAAGCCAGCCACACCUGCCGCCACACCUGCCGCCACACCUGCCGCCGCCCCUGCCGCCACCCCUGCUGCGCCUCAGAUCAGAGCCCCCACGCCACUGCAGUCCACGCCGCUCCCAGACCCCCGCUGCAUCGACCAGCAAGUCGACAGCCACUACCACAAAUUCAUAUGUCGCCAGGGCGAAGUCGUCUGGUACUACAGGCCCAAGACCGGAGCGUGGGGCCUCGGUCUCGUGCUUCGAAGAUGGGUGGACAAGACUGCCGUUGGAAGCAAGGCUUACUAUAUCCAACCCCUGUCCCAUCCACACGACUCCCUGGCUCCGGAGCUCGUCUCGACGGAAAACGAGAUGAAGCCUUGGCUGGCCUGGUCUGCGCCAACCUACACCUACGCCUACCUGCAGCAACACCCCAACAUCCCAUUCGAGAAAGUCGACUGGCAAGGCCUGAUGGCGGGGAGGUACGGACAGGGUGUCGCAGGCGUCGACGCUUCCAUCAUGGCAGCCAAAGCCGUGGACACGACCUACACCCUCUUCGACUACCUCAAAAAGACCGCAAACGAGGGCGUGCAAGAUGCCCACUACAACGGCCUGUUCCUGGGAGCCGAGAAGAUAUGGAGGGGCGACGUCGUGCGCUUGCGAGUAGGACGCGAUACGGACGUCAUGGUUGUCACCGACAUCAUCGAGCGAACCUCGCAACAAGCCACCGGGCAGCCAGCCGUGGCCGUGCUCAUCGUUGGUGACAUCUACAGCUAUGCAACCCUGCCAAUCGCAAACCCAGCCCAGCUCCCAGAGCCUCCGAAAAACCCAAACAUUCCCGUCCGCAUGCGUGAGGACAUGGCCUGGCGCAACCGCCUGCUCGUCCCGCAUGCCCGCACGUUUGCCUACUGGAAACUCGCUGUGCCCGCAUCACGCUUCGACAUCGCCGAGGUCAAAGGACGGUGGUAUGAAACCGCGCUUGUGUUCGAAGAGCCCUUCACCAAGUCCGUCACCAACAACGAAGGCGGCAACGGCGUGUGGAUGAACUCUCGUGGCGACGCUACGGGCGUGGGCAGGAUGACGGGAGUGCCGCAGUCACAGCGACUGAACGCGUUCGGAAGGGCGAUUCCAGAGACCGCACAGCUUAUUGACGGCAUCGAGGCACCAGAGCAACCACAGGCGCACACACAAGACGUGGCCAUGAGCAUGAGCGGUCAUGGUGCGGACGUGUUUACGGACCUCAUGGACUUUGACCACAUUGGCGACACAGGUGCGGGACCGGGCUAUGAUUUCAAUUUCUAG